GUCUUCUUUUGAAGUGAGCGCGGUCGGCUCAGCCGGCGCCAUCCCGCCAACGGUCAUUGGCGGCUCCGUCUCCUCUCGGCCCCUGCAAGAAACUGCUCCCGAACCCCCAUCGGACCCGACCGGGUCCUGUGUCUCACCUCCUCCGCUGAGACCCAAAAGGUAUCGAGCCUCCACCAAUACCUUUCCCUCAACUCUGGCCGCUUUAAGGGCUCCUAAUAUCAGUCCCCACGUUUUAAGUUCCGUAGCCUUCUGACUGGCCAUGGCGCGCUGGCAUAGCGCCGAGGUGAGCAAGUCCCACCUACUCGAAUCCAAAACGUAGCGGGGAGAGUCCAGCUCCCCCAGCUCAUUUAACAGCGACAAAACUGCCGCGAUCUCCUUCCGGGAAGGAGCAGAUUUUCCACAGUAGUCCUUACAAAACUGCACAAGUACCUUAAUGACUUGGUCCAUUGUUACGUAUGCGACCUGCCGCCACCUCGCAGGCUCUUAACCGCAAUACGUCUUCCGUGCGCGACCUGCCGCCACCUCACAGGCUCUUCUCCGCGUCACGGGCACGCCGGGCAGCCACCCUCAGCAGACAGAUCACGUCGGGGUCACCACUUGUUGCAUGUAGUCUCCGUUCGCUCGUCCGGUGUUCGUCCUCUGUCCACAUGUAGGGCUUACUGCUGGGCGAAACCGACCCUUUACCAGGUCGGGGCCAGAUGCUCACCCAGACCCCAGGAGUAAGUGAGGCAAAUGGCGUUUAUUCACUACUAAACACAGCUUAUAUACAUUUUUACCUAGAUAACCGUGCUGUCAUGUCCCACUCUGAUUAGUUCACACCAGAUAACAUUGUGCCUUAUUUGGCCAUUUCCACAUUCUUUUAUCAUCCUUCUUCUUCUCCUGUUUUCUCUGCAACAAGGUCAGCACGAUAGCACUAUCUCUCUAUGUUUAGGGAGAGGCCUGUCCCGUACAUCCCGUGCCCCCGCAAGACGCCUACUACAACAAGGGACCUUUAAAGGUUAUAUAGUGUCAUGUCCUGCUUCGCCCCACCCCUCAGGACCCGUCCAGGAGUAGGGACACCUUAUACUACACCCCUUCCAAACUGGCUUUGAACACCCUUAAUGCUGAGGCAUACACAACCUCUUUGGGCAGCCUCAACCUGUUCCAGUGCCUAACCACCCUUGUGGAUAAACCCCAUCUAAAUCUAGCCUUCGUCAGUUUGAAACUAUUAUCUCUUGUCCUACCACUACAGGUCUCAGUGAAAAGUCUUUCACAGUCUUUCCCCUUUAAGUAUUGAAAAGGCAUGAUGAGGUCUCCCCUUAGCUGUUUUGCUUGCAGGAUAAACAACCCCAGUGCUCUCUCAGCUGUUUCUCAUAGGAUAAGUGUUUCAACCCUCAGAUCAUUUUCUUAGCGCUUCUCUGGCCUUAGUAUAAAAAGUCAGUGUCUUUCUUGUACUUGGGACCGCAGGGCUGGAUGCAGUACUCCAGGUGAGGUCUCAUGAGGAUGAAGAUGAGGGGAAGAAUCACCUUCCUUUGCUUGCUGGCAAUAGUUCUGUUUUUAUGCAGCCCAGGACACAAUUUGCCUUCUGAGCCGCAAUCUCAUACUAUUGGUUCGUGUCCUAUUUUUGGUCUACUUGUCUCACUGAUUUUUUUUUUUUGUAGUACUGUGUUCAAUCAAAUCUGUACCCAGCCUGUACUGAUACUGGGGAUUACUCUGGUCCUGGUAGAGAACAUUUCACUUGUACUUGUUUUACCUCUUCCCCCUGGUCCACCUGGACCCAUUUUCUCAGCUUAUGCAAGCUCCUCUGGAAGGCAUCCCUUCCCCUGGUGUAUCACCUGCAUCACUGAGCUUGAGAUCAUCUGCAAAUUUGCUGAGAGUGUGUUCCGGUCCAUCUAUGGCAUUAAUGAAGAUGUUGGCCUGAGUACAGACCCAUGAGGGAUACCACCUGUUACUGACUUUCAUUUGAAUGUUGUGACCAUUUGGAUGUGGCCAUCCAACCAAUUCCUGGUCCAACUUAUAGGCAAUCUGUCAAAUUCAUAUAUUUCAGUUUUAGAGAUGAGAAUGUUAUGGAGCACUGUGUUGAACGCCAUGCAGAAAUCUAGGUACAUGAUGUCAGUUGCCCUUCGCUUAUCCACCGGUGUGCUCACUCUGCUGUAGAUGGCCAUCAGAUCAGUUAGGCGUGAUUUCUCCCAUGGUGAAACCAUGUUGACUAUUUCUAAUCACUCCCUUGACCUCCAUGUUUCGGCAUGGCUUCUAGCUGUAGAUAUUCCUCAGACGGUUCGUAACCCAGUUCUUUUUCCUAUGAUGGGAGAGAUUUCACCCUGGGCCUGCCUUUAGUUUUAGGGAUCUGAGAGAUUCGAGAAGACUGACCACCAAGGAAAACUGAGGUAGUAGAGCUGAGUACUUUAGCUGUUUCUUUGUCACUGAUGAAUGAACUUGUGAGUUCAUUUUCUUUGGUUUUUCCUUUUCUGAUCAAGGUAUCUGUAGAAGCUCUUGUUAUUUUUAUUUUUUUUUAACAUCCCUUCCCAAGUUCAGUUCUAGCUGUUCCUUGGUUAUCGUUAUCUCAUCCCUACAUGUCUGGGCAGCAUUCCUAUAUUGUUUGCAGGAUGUGUGUCCCUGCUUCCACUGCCUAUGUGUUUCUCUCUUGUUCUUCAGAUCAGCUGGGGGGAGGGGGGGGAAGGGGUUUACACAACCAUAUUGCUCUCCUGCUUUUCUUGCCUUAUUUCUUGCACUUGAGGAUAAAGAGCUCUUGUGCUUGAUAAAGAAUAUCCUUGAAGCCAAUGCUUUUUGGUUACCAUGUCCUUGAAGGCAGUUUCCCACAGGAUUGCAUCCAUCAGUUCCUUAAACAGGUGGAAGUUUGCUUUCCUAAAUCUAUUGUUCUUAACUUUGUUCUUUGCCUGGCUCAUGUCCCUUGAAAUCAUGAAUUCUUUCAGGGCAUGAUUGUGCCAGCUAAAUUUGCCACCUAUUCUGACCUCCCUAAUGAGAUCAUCUGUGCUAGUGAGCAACAGGUCCAGUAAAGCUCCUCCUCUGGUUGGAGCCUCUAAAAAGCAUGCUGUGAAAUAUCUUAUAUGUAACUAGUUAAAGUGGAGGGUAAAAGCUUAAAGGAUUGAGUAAAAAUAGAAAAGACCCUAGUACCUAACUUAAUGCCAUUAUCCUCAGUAUUUUUAUCUUGUCUGUUAUGCUUUUAAAGAAAAUUAAGUUAAGCAAGUUUCAGUUUUGUGGCAGUUCAUUUUCUUUUGUCUCUCAAUAGAGAUGAACUGAGUUGUUAAAGUAUCCUGUAGUUGUUUAAAACUUAUUCCUUUUGUUUCCAGUCCUUUGGAACCAUCUCUACUUAGAACUUCUAUAUUUUCAUGCGUAGACAUCCUGCAUGUUGUAUUUGUACAGUAUAAGCAAACAAAUCACAAAAAAACUCAAAGGAUCAGCUAUGAUAUGGAUUUUGCACGUGUGUGUUUAGUAAAAGAGAAUUUGUUGCUGGGAUUCUUGUCUUUCACACAAUAGUCUCCCUGCUUUACAUUGUCCCGCAACAUCUACUGCUUAUUUUGUAUGGCUUUUCAGAGAAUGAUGCAAAUGUACUCAGAAAUAAUGUUUACUAGAAGGAGAGAGACAUAAGCAGUCGGUGAAGUUGUCUUGUGCAGCAGAAUGUGUAUGACAGCUGACAGUAUAAUCUGUUCUGAUAACUGGGGAAUCUUCCAAUAAUCACUGACAGGUAAAUAUCUGUGAGAAGCUUGAAAUUGUUUGUAUUCCAGGAGAAAAUGAAUCUCAGGCUAAAUUUGACAUACAAGAACAGACUGCUUCUUUUUAGUGUUUAUUCCCUUUUUUUUCCUCCAGGAACUGAAUUUAUUCCUUGAUUGGAAUGGAUAUAACCCUCCUUUCAAUUAUGAAGAGCUGCCGAUCAACUAGUAACAGUGGCAUGCAAGCGCUGGAUUCUGUUCUGAAUCAUGUCUGCCUUAAUGAAUAACCUUUAGGAUACGUUUAGAUGCAGCAUGGGGCUUAGAGAUUUCCCACAGACUGGCUCAUUUGAAAUUGCUGGGAAUCGGCACUCUUUCAAAUCCCACAAGAAACGUAUGCUUUGAUUUAAGAACGAGAUGCUCAUGUAAAAAAUUUGGCUCUGUCUUUCUUUCUUAUUGUGAUACAGCAAAUGAAUCUCUCUGGGGCUUCCUUGCUGAUGGCAUUGGUGGAUGUCUCUUGCAGAGCAUGCUUUGGGUGAGUAGGCAGAUGUUGCUGUUAGUGCUGAAGAGAGCUAUUCAGUGGUGUCUUCACAAAAGGGUUGUAUGCAGCUCUUGCACAGAGCUUUGUAUGAUCUUUUCCCCCUUUAUGCAGUACCUGCCUGACACAGGUAUAACAUUGCUUUCAGGGCAAUCUUUCUGGCUCACUGGGGCCUGCAGACUGAAACCUAUGGUCUGUGAAGUUUAAAGAUUCAGGAAUUCAGUGUCUUCCAUCACCUCCCCAUGUCCUUGAUGCGCUUCUGACAGAAUUGUGUUCUGUGAGUUGCAGGAGUGCCCAAGUCAGUUGUCUGCCACUAGCACAGAAAGCCCUGCGGUAUGGACUAGGAGGACCUGAUGAUGAACCAAGAGCAAAGAAACAGCUGUAAGAAUUCAUUUGUGGUUCUGAACCAUUACUCCCCUGCUUGGGAUAAAUGUAUCCAGUUAUGCUGACACAGGAGCCAAGUGCUUUGUUUAACUCCACCAUAGAAGGCUGCCUGUAGGUGAAAAGUUCCUAUUUCCACUUCUCCACCUUCAGUACAGUUUGUGCAGCUACAUGCACUUUUAAAAGCACGAUGGUGCUGUUCUUUCCCUCUAGGAGAACAUCUCUGAGGGGAAAUACGUUUGUGCUGGAUGCAUGGCUUAUUUUCGUGUUUUAUUGGUUUAUUGCUGCCUUUCAGUGCAGUUUCUAAGAUAAGGCUUCUCAGCCUUCUGGCAGUAACCUUACAGAUGGUUCAUAUGAAAAUGAACUGACUUUAAUCUGGAUAUGUGUGUUCUCACUGGUGAUUCUGCUUCCAUGUGCUCAGAAUAGAGUGGCACGCUGACAACAGUCAGGGUUUUGGUUGUGCAUUACAUUCUAUCUUCUCCUGUUCCUUGCAGCCCAUGUGAUCAAUGAAAGUGACAUGUGACAUCUGUAGGGAAGGGCAGAAGCUACUUGCUUCUUGAACGUAACCUUGUCUUUCAGUUCACAGUUGGGAAUAGGAAGUUUUUGCUAGGUGACUGGUGUGAAGAACUGGGAAUUCCUCCAAGUCUCCUUUGGAGUGGAAUUCGUUCAGUUAAAAUACCAUCAGAAUUCCUGGGUCAAGUGCAAUUGCAAUAAAUAAAUAAAUAAAAUAGUGAUACUGUACUGAUUGCUUUAAGUGGAAAGUAAGUGUUUACUACCUGUGUAAAUAAACUGAAGUCCUGUUUAUCUGUUAGUUCCUUUGUUUUCUGCAGAAUUGAGCUCCACUUGUAAUUCAUAGGUAGUAAAUAUACCUAGUAAGGUACCUGAAGUCCUUUACCAUGUAGUCUCUUACAAGUGUUUUCUGUGGCCUUGCACAUCCAUGAAGACUGAUGUGUAGUAACUGCUUGCUUUAGUUUAUGGUGAUUACGCUAGUUUAAGAUAAAGUUUAUUGAUAAAUAUUGAAUUAAUUUGUUUCAAGACCGCAAUAUUUUACUGUAGUGAAAAGCCCAUGCCACUCUGUAUUCCACAACUGCUGAGUGUAUGCUCUUUAAAGAGAAGAAGAGCUUUGUAAACGUUUAUUUAUCGAUUCAUUUAUUUUGAGACUGUGUAACUGUAAAAGCCUGGUGGUUUCAUUGUAUUUCUGCUGGAGUUGAUUUUAUUCCUUUUAUAUCACUCAGGGUUGUCACUAAAAUUGAGAAUUUUCCAGAUUUAUUGACCAAGAUUAAAAACUCUGGGUGUAGAGUGUUGUGUGUAGGUAGCAUGUGAAAGAUCACCAUGCAGACAAGAAAAGUGAUGCUUUUAAAAUAUCCUGUAAAAUUAUAGCAUUGUAGUGCUCUUGAAUUACACCAUGGGAAGUUCACGUUGGAUGUCCAUAAGAAUUUCUCCUCAGAGUGGUUAGGCAUUGGAGUGGCCUGUCCAAAGAGGUGGUGGAGUUGCUGUCCCUGGAUGUGUUCAAGAAACCUGUAGAUGUGACACUGACAUUGUUUAGUGGGCAUGGUGGUGAUGGGUUUGUGGUUGGACUAGAUGAUCUUGGAGGUCUUUUUCAACCUCAAUGAUUCUGUGGUUCUAUGCUGUACGAAGUAGGAUGAUUAUUAUUCAACUUCAGGGACUCCAGUCCUUGCAGAGGGCCAUACAUCUCCUCAAGCUGCAGCUCUGCUGAGAGGAAGAAAGAAAAACAAAAGUUUUAAGGAAUCACUCUUCUCUUGAGAGCAUGCUGAUGCAGCCAGUGCUGUCGUCUUUGAGGAAGUGCUAGGAUCUUGCAGCAUCACCUAUUUCUGAUCUGUUUAUGUGGGAUUAUAUUACUACUUAUCCCUAGAUCAGAGUGAGCACAGGGCUGUUCCUAUUCCACUCAGUAUCACAGAGCCAAGGCAGCACCUGUUACAGCCACACAAGAUCAUCUCCUGUGAAGUCUGAAGUCUGAACUUCAUAUGACAUUGUUGAAUCUAGCUCUGUAAGUGAAGAGAGAGAGGGAGACUCUGUGAAUUCAUGACCUUUCCUACUCCUGAACCUGCCGACAUGAGUUAGAGGUGAUGAUAAGUGGUGUACAGCAGGUUCUAGACAGCCUUUCUCCUUCUUAUGCACCUGGUAUGAGUGGCACUGUCCAGAGUCAAGACUGCAUGAUGGAGCCCUGUCCUGCUGGGCUAGUAGCUUACUGCUGGACCAGGUUGGGGGUGUAUGGCAGAAUUCUCUGUAUGCUCGUAAGCUGUUGGUGUCUCAUGAACUGGAUGUAGUUGACACUGAGGCUUGUAGUGAAGACUUACUCUGCUGCACUUUUUUUUUUCUUUGAGGGUUAAUAGCAGAAGUUCCUGGAAUUCUUUAAUUGUGAGGCAUUUUUAACUUGGUUUAAAUACCUCAACACACGUGAGCGUAUUGCACAAUUUUGAGGAAAAAGAAGAAAGUGUUAAAGUACGUAUUCUGAAAAUGUUCCACAAAAAGAAAGAAAAUAGGAAUUCUUGCCAAUAAUUCUGUUACCAGAAGCCAUGAUCUUCCUUUUCCAACUGAUGCAAAUGGGCCAAAAUGCAAAAAAAAGAGCAAUAGGAAAAUGAACUAAAAGUAAAACAAGAGCUUCUGUAGCACACCCUGCUAGAUGGGUGUGUAAUUGGAAAAAUUCCAGUCCCUUUUGUUGCUUAACUGCUCGCAUUUUGGCCUGUUUUCUGCAGUGUCCCAGAAGUGCCUCUGUUUUGAAUGAUCAGUGUUGACAACCUGAUAUUUUGUCUCUCUGUUCAAGCACUUUAAGAAUGGCUCCAAUGGAAAAAAUUCCUGGUAGGCAGACAUCCCAAGCCUGCUUGGUGGAUUUCAGUUUAUGCUAUGACUGGUUGUGAAGCAGCAAGUGCCUGUCUUCAGGAUUUAAUUCAGUUCAGAGGAAAUUAUUUAUUCUGCAUUGAAACUAUUGCUUUAGAGCUAUUGCUGUAGUAACUUCAAGCAGUACUUCUGCAGCAGAACUGUGUCAGACCACCAGCACUGAAAUGCAUGAUUAACAUGGCAUAUUUUCAAGUAAUCUUUAAUGGUGAUAAGGAAAUAAAUACAAAUAAGGCAGCAAUCACUGUGGUUUACAUAUCAAUAUUGGAAAAAGUGAUUAUCCUCCUAAGAGGAUUUUGGUGCCUCUCUCUAGUUGCUGCAGUAAGUACAGGAAGACUAUUGUAAAAUUCAAUUUUGUACAGACUUUAAUCUCUGUAAGAUUGUCUGUUAGAACAGGGAAAAUACUCUAUCCUUUAGAGGUGCAAUCCUAUGACUGCUAAGUGAAUAAAAAACUGAAUUAGCACACCUCUGCCUUGCGUUGCUUUUGGCACUCAUGGAAUUUCAUGGUGAGGUGCGUCAGGGAGCUGAUCUGACUGAAAGCUAGCUCUUAUUUCUUUUUGGUUAACCUUCAGUCAAAUAAGUUCUCUGAGCUGACUCACUGCAUUACAGCAUGAGUUCCAGAGGACAGGCCAAAAGCAGGACUGCAGCAACCUGAGUUGAGAUUGCCUGAAGGUGUGGUUUCUUGUUAUUCUUGAUCCUGUCUCACUGUGGGUUGCCUCAUAUCCUUUCCUCUUCCGGUAAGGGUGGCUAAGGUGUGUAUUUCAUGUUGGCUGUGCUAGCUGUUUGUGCUCUCAGCCUUAUGUUUUUCAGAAACUUUCAGUUUGCAGGCAAGUGAAAACUUUGUCUGGGUUUUGGUCCAGGUUGGAAGAAAAACUUCAGGAUGUCCUACCAGCUAAGAGUUCAGAGAUCCAGGCACUCAAACUGAAAUCUGCCUUUGUUAGCAAAUCAGACAAUCUGUGGACACAAGAAUUCAGUUGCCUCUGCUGUUAGAAAUCUUCCUGCACGCUUUUGGCCUGGGGCAACUGCUGUACUCUCAGUAGUGAUCCUGAUAGCCAGUCUGAAGGCAGCAGCCCGAGGCUAAGAGAACGUAAGAAAGAUGUAGAAUGUUCCACACCAGUGAGUCCUCAUGCAGAAGUGUAGUCCAAGGCAUGUUUGAUCAGCAUUCUUUCACUGGCCUUCUAGUUUAGGUGCAACACUUGUGUUCAUUUGAGGAGAUCUGAAGCUUGUAUUGACAGCUGGGGACAUGCAGAGUUGCUGCACCGUAUGCAUUCCAUGGAGGUGGGUUAAAGCUCUUACAUCUCUGAAUAUAUAAUUCCAGCAGACAGCCUGGCUUAAAAAUUCACUCUUCUUGUUGUAGCACUUCACUGAUAUGUUGCCCAGUGAGCAGACACUGGGAAUCUUAGGCCUAAGUAGCCAUCAGGCACAUAAUCUGCUAAUAAGUGCUGUCUGUAGGGAAGGAAUUUUUCCAAAAAACUUCUGUUAGUAUUAGAUUGCAAGUAAAGCCUAUGUCAUUUCCAGCAGGGAUCAUAAAUCAUUUGAUACCUGCAGGUAACACACACAGAGUCCUGACCAAAUAUGAUGUUUAAAAAAAAAAAAACAACAAUUUUCCAUUUAACUGUAUUUGGACUUUCAAUAAAAAUGUAAGGCAGAACUGAGAGAGCACCUCUCUGUCUCUCUUGACAGUAGGUAAAAUAUUUUUCAGAUUAGUAACGCAGAGCAGCAAUAUUGUGUUGGAAUUAGUUACACUGGCAAGACUUUGGUGCAGAAAAUGAAGAGACUGAGAAAUAAGAACUGUGGAGGUAGGGUUAACAAAGAUGUUUUGGGAGCUUAAUUUAGGCUGAUUUGCUCAAUGCUGGUAAAAAUGGUCUGUAAAUUUUGUAGUUUAACAUGCUGGCUUUGCAUCCAGGUAUCUUUGGACAAAUCUGACUAUUCCUGGAAGGGACAGGCUGGUUACUGUGAUCAAAAUGGGUAUGUGAAUAGGUUAUGGCUGCCACUUAUUUAUUUAUUCAUUCCCCCAUUGUUUCUAAUGUUUCUUAAUCCUGAGUGCCUGACUGAUUCUUCCUCAUCUUUUUAGAAGCUUAAUAGGAAGCUGACGCAGAGGAAUUCACAUUAGUACUUUACAAAUGCAGAAUAAGAUGCGUUUUUUGUCAGCUGUGCCAGCUAUCCAGUUUGUGUAAAGCUGAAUUUGUAUUUCAUUGGCAAUUAUUCAGACUUGCGUAUGUGUAGCUCUCCUAUUCAUGUUAGUAACUAUUCCAGGAAAAACAUAGAUCUAUUUUGUGCAUAAAUGACUGUUAUCUCACCAGUUCAUCAGUUGAACCUGAAUGGAGUUCAAAGCCUAGGUUGAAUCUUGCAUUUUGAGUUAUUGCAGUUGAUUGGUACCAGGCCAUUUAGAAUAUUAAUCGAAUCCAGAAAUUACUUGAGAUGAGAAUGUUUGUAUUAAAACUUUAUGUAGAAUAAAGAAGGAUUAGAUUAAGGGCUACUGAUCUGGGAGUUGGAACUGAUGGAUUCAUGAGCUUCAUCUGGCAAUAUCUCCUAGGUUCAGGAGUGAGCUUGCUAGCCUGGGAUUUACAGUCUGCUAUGAUUAUGGUAACCUAGCUGUUAGAUUGGCUUGUAGUCAAAAUGACAGCAUGCUGUUAUACAGUAAAUCUAGCCUAGAUUGACUUGUUUUAUUUGUGUUGUAUUUUUAAUUGUCUUUGUUUGUUUUAUUGUGUUGAGUACUUUUGUGUUUUUUGUUGUUGUUUUUUUCCCUCAAAUAGAAUGAUUGCAUUCCUGUUUAUUCUUUUGGUAUUUGUUUUUGCUCAAAAUGCAGUGGUCUCUCAGACCUUUUAAAGUGCAUAACCUUGUUUGAAAUUAUGGUGAUAAUGUUGUUGCAGAAACUGUUCUGGAACAAUGCCUUUUUUUUUUUUUUCUAAACGUUGAGGUCAGCAGUGUGGUAGGUUGGUGAAUGUCUGUGUAUAAAUACUUCAGAAUUAAGUUCAGCACUUAUGGCAUUCUGAGCAUUUUAAUUCAAGGUUUCUUCCAUCAGCUGCAGUGCUGGUCAUUUGUAUUUGUGGGUUAUGUAUCUGCUUGUGGUUUUCACCUGCAGGUGAUAAGGCACUUCAGAGGGGACAAACAGCAAGCUUGUCAAUUUAGGGAUAGUGAAACCAGAGGAAUAGAGUGACAUGACAGAGAGAGACUUGCCUGGCAUACCUCCCCAGAGCACUGGUUGCAGCCCAAGCUGCCGGAGUUCAAGAUGCAUUUGGACAGCACUCUCAGACAGAGUUUGAAUUUUGGGUGGUGUUUUGUGGAGACACGGGUUGGACUUGAUGACCCCUGUGGGGCCCCUUCCAACUCAGGAUAUUCUCUGAUUCUGUAAGUGCCUGAGGUUUGGGAGUAGACUGCAGAUAGAGAUGAGAGUAGCACUCAGAUUUCCCGAGUGAGCUGUCCACUAGAUCACAUCUGCUGCAAGUGUGAUGGCUGAUUUAGAUAUGAUUAAUUUCUGUUCAGUUAAGGAUAUAUGAGCAUCUGUGACUUUUAACAUCAAAUCAGAAGGAAAAAAGUUUUAAAAAUUGAAUGGUUCAACAUUAGAUUCUUCUCCAAUAAUUCAAAAUCAGUAUUGUAGCAAAAUGAAAGCAGCUUUUGGUAAAGCAGCUUUUUUGCUUUCAUUUGGAGGUAACAUUUCUCUAUGUGUGUAUUCAUAUAGAGAGUAACAAAGCAGCAGUAAGUCAAGGCUGUCCUUUUUGCUCUGCAGCUGAGUUGAAUGAGAAUGAAAUCACGGCUGUUGGAGGCUACUUGAAGUUACCAUUGGCAAAGCCAAAGGCAGACUUGCUUAUCAGACCUGCUUAAUCUAGUUUUGCAGCAAUUACCAGCCAUCGUGUCAAAUGUUAAGAAUUCAGCUCAGAUGAGUCAUAUCCGUUUUCUGCUGUGGGAUGCAGCGGUGCAGUUACUUGUGAGGCUGGGCAGUAAGUGCUGUUUUGUUGGCAUGUGGUGUAGUGGAGAGAGCAGUAGUAAUUUCAGAUAUUGCCGUUGUAGAGAUGAGCGAUGCCUUUCGUCAGCCUUCCCUCUUCUACCACCUGGGAGUCAGAGAGAGCUUCAGUAUGGCUAACAACAUUAUCCUCUACUGUGAUACGAAUUCUGAGUCUCUGCAGUCACUGAAGGAAAUUAUUUGCCAGAAGAAUAAUAUGUGUACUGGUAACUACAUCUUUGUUCCUUACAUGAUAACUCCGCAUAACAAGGUGUACUGCUGUGAUAGUAGUUUUAUGAAGGGACUAACAGAACUGAUGCAGCCAAGUUUUGAAUCUCUGCUUGGGCCUAUUUGCUUACCUCUGGUGGAUCGAUUUAUCCAACUCUUGAAGGUGGCACAGGCCAGCUCGAGCCAGUAUUUUCGGGAAUCCAUCCUUAAUGACAUUAGGAAAGCCCGUACCCUCUACACUGGCAAAGAGCUUGCAGCAGAGCUGGCAAGGAUUCGGCAGCGAGUGGAUAAUAUUGAGGUCUUGUCUGCUGACAUUGUGAUCAACUUGCUGCUGUCCUACAGAGACAUUCAGGAUUACGAUUCCAUUGUGAAACUGGUGAAAACUUUAGAAAAACUGCCUACUUUUGACUUGGCUUCCCACCACCAUGUGAGGUUACAUUAUGCAUUUGCACUGAACAGACGAAAUCUGCCUGGGGACAGACAGAAAGCUCUAGAAAUUAUGAUUCCUUUAGUAGAACAAGAAGAUCAAGUAGCUUCAGAUAUGUACUGCUUGGUUGGUCGCAUUUACAAGGACAUGUUUUUGGAAUCUGGGUUCAUAGAUACGGAAAGCAGAGACAAAGGUACCUUCUGGUUCAAGAAGGCGUUUGAGUCAGAGCCAACACUGCAGUCAGGAAUCAAUUAUGCAGUACUUCUUCUGGCAGCUGGACAUUGCUUUGAUACUUCUUUUGAGCUUCGGAAAGUUGGGGUAAAGAUCAGCAGCCUGCUUGGUAAAAAGGGGAGCUUGGAGAAGCUGCAGAGCUAUUGGGAAGUGGGAUCUUUCUUGGCAGCCAGUAUGUUGGCUAAUGACCACAUAAGAGUGAUCCAGGCUUCAGAAAAGCUGUUUAAGCUAAAGGCACCAGCAUGGUACCUGAAGUCUAUUGUAGACACUAUUCUGAUAUAUCAGCAUUUUAAGAAACUGAAUCCUGAACAGCAUACAGCCAAGCAGGAACUUGUGGACUUCUGGAUGGACUUCCUUGUUGAAGCCACGAAGACAGAUGUGUCUGUAGUUAGAUUUCCAGUUUUAAUACUGGAACCAACCAAAAUCUAUCAGCCCUCGUAUCUCUCCAUCAACAGUGAAGCUGAGGAGAAGACUGUAUCUAUCUGGCACGUGCUGCCUGAUGACAAGAAAGGUAUCCAUGAGUGGAACUUCAGUGCUGCAUCCAUCAGGGGAGUAAGCAUUUCGAAGUUUGAAGAACGGUGCUGUUUUCUGUAUGUGCUGCACAAUUCUGAUGACUUUCAGAUCUAUUUCUGCACGGAAGUUCAUUGUAGAAGGUUUUUUGACAUGGUGAACAGCAUCACUGAAGAAAUAGGGAAAUCUACAGAGGAAGGAGAAUGCGAUGGAGACUCCCUGGAGUAUGACUAUGAAUAUGAUGAAAAUGGCGAGCGAGUCGUCCUGGGGAAAGGAACUUACGGCAUUGUGUAUGCAGGACGAGAUUUGAGCAAUCAAGUCAGAAUCGCUAUUAAAGAAAUCCCAGAGAGAGAUAGCAGGUACUCCCAGCCUCUGCAUGAAGAAAUAGCUUUGCAUAAGCAUCUCAAACACAAGAACAUUGUGCAGUAUUUGGGGUCUCUUAGCGAGAACGGUUUCAUUAAGAUAUUCAUGGAGCAGGUGCCUGGAGGCAGCCUUUCUGCUCUUCUACGAUCAAAAUGGGGACCAUUAAAAAAUAAUGAGCAGACAAUUGGCUUUUACACUAAGCAGAUUCUCGAAGGAUUAAAAUACCUCCAUGAUAAUCAAAUAGUGCAUCGAGACAUAAAGGGUGAUAACGUGCUUAUCAACACUUACAGUGGAGUGUUAAAGAUUUCAGACUUUGGAACUUCAAAGAGACUUGCGGGAAUCAACCCUUGUACUGAAACUUUCACUGGUACCCUUCAGUAUAUGGCACCAGAAAUAAUUGACAAAGGGCCUCGUGGUUAUGGGAAGGCUGCAGACAUCUGGUCUUUGGGAUGCACUAUCAUUGAGAUGGCCACAGGGAAACCCCCGUUUUAUGAACUGGGAGAACCGCAAGCAGCUAUGUUUAAGGUGGGAAUGUUUAAAAUCCACCCAGAGAUUCCUGAGUCCAUGUCUGCAGAAGCCAAGUCAUUCAUACUGCGUUGCUUUGAACCAGAUCCUGACAAACGAGCUUUUGCUCAUGAGCUCCUUGUAGAUGAAUUCUUGAAGGUUUCAAGCAAAAAAAGAAAAUCCCCAUCAAAACUCUCAGUUCUUUCAGCUAACACAAAUGAGUAUCUUCGGAGUAUAUCCUUACCUGUUCCUGUUCUGGUGGAAGAUACAAGUAGCAGCAGUGAAUAUGGUUCUGUCUCACCUGAUACAGAGUUGAAAAUUGAUCCAUUCUCUUUCAAAACAAGAGCAAAAUCCUGUGGAGAAAAAGAUGGGAAGGGAAUCCGGUCCCUUUUUCUGAGCAUCCCAGAUGAAAAUUUUGAGGAUCACAGUGCACCUCCUUCACCUGAAGAGAAAGAUUCUGGAUUUUUCAUGCUGAAGAAGGAUAGUGAGAGGAGAGCCACCCUUCACAGGAUACUGACUGAGGACCAAGAGAAGGUGGUGAGGAACUUGAUGGAAGCUUUGGCUCAGGGAGCCGAAGAGCCCAAGCUAAAAUGGGAACAUAUUACAACGCUUGUUUCCAGCCUCAGAGAGUUUGUACGGUCUACUGAUCGUAAAAUUAUUGCAACCACUCUUUCAAAACUGAAACUGGAGUUAGACUUUGACAGCCACGGUAUCAGUCAAGUGCAGCUUGUGUUGUUUGGUUUUCAAGAUGCUGUCAAUAAAGUUCUCCGAAACCAUAACAUCAAGCCACACUGGAUGUUUGCGUUGGACAACAUAAUUAGAAAAGCUGUGCAGACAGCUAUUACUAUUCUGGUCCCAGAAUUGAGGCCACAUUUUAGUCUUGCAUCUGAAAGUGAUGCAGCAGAUCAAGAUGACAUAGAAGUUGAAGAAGAUCAAGAUGAGCAGCCUCAGAAUCAAACUAUCCAACAGCCUUGCAUUGUCAUGGAAGAUGCCGUAGCUACCUCAGGUGUGAGCACACUCAGCUCUACAGUAUCCCAUGACUCACAGGCUGCUCAGAGAACAUUGAGUGUCCAGCUGGGCAGGCUAAAAUUAGAGACUAAUAGGUUAUUGGAGGAGCUGGUUCAAAAGGAGAGAGAAUUUCAAGUCCUUUUACAUCAAGCUAUAGAAGAAAAAGAUCAGGAGAUCAAAAACCUCCGGCUUAGGUCACAGCCAAUAGAUAUUCCUGGAUUAUCUGUCUGUCAUCGUCAUUCCACUGGCACAGGGACCGAAGACCCUGAUCUCAUAAACUGGCUGAGUGUUCAAGGAGCUGAUGAGGCCACAAUAAACAAGUUCUUGGCUGAAGACUAUACCUUAAUGGAUGUUCUCUGCUAUGUUACACGAGAUGACCUGAAGUGUUUGAGACUGAGGGGAGGAAUGCUAUGCACGCUCUGGAAGGCCAUUACUGACUUUCGACAGAAACAUGCCUGACACUGAAAUCCUUCCUUGCUUCUCUGCGGAGAGGAAGAGGUUUCUUUCCAGCACAGAGCAGGUGUGCUGUCAGAAGGACUGUUGCACUUUAAUCCAGUAUUUGUUUACCAAUGUUAAAAACACUGCAGCUUCCUGACUGCUCUUACUCCUGUAAUCCCUGAGGAACAUGUAAACAUGCAACAUUCUUUUACUUCAACCAUUUUUACUUGCAAGUUUUCCAAAAAUUAAGAGGGAAAAGGAAAAACUAACUCAAGAAAUAUUGUACUUAAAGUAACCAGAUGCUCAUUUCAUGGAAAACUGAUGUAAGGUUUCAUGUGACUGCGCAUCACUGGAACAAAACCAAAAUGUGACACCUUCUCAAUCAAGUUUCUUUUUCUUUGUAGUGUUGUAUCAGUAAACCGUAGUAGAAAUUCAUAAUUUCAAUCAGAAGUAGAUGUUUUUCUUCUAGUGUGCAAGACCUACAAGUAAUUGUUUUUACCUACUGCUCUAUAUAGUUUAAUAUUGUUUAUUUUUGGUAAUUUAAGUUCUAUGGUGCAUUUGUUUUAGUUGUUUAUGUACUACUGAACUGUACCAGUUGCAUACACCUCAACCAUAGUACUGUUAGCUUGUUCUAAAGCUAUCUGACACACACAGUUGAAAAUAAAAAUAACCUAAGAGUUA